AUGCGCUCCUUCAUUAUCCCUGGCCUUCUGGCCCUUGUUGCGUCAAGCGCACUAGCCGAUGUUGUGUACAAUGUUAUCGGCUACCCUGACACCGAGAAGGGUGCCUUUGGAGUCGUGAUCAACAACAAGUUGACCCCCCUCACAACCACCGAGGCCACCUUCCCCCUCUGGUCCGCCAACGUCGUCGGCGCCAACCCCAGUUCCGGCUACCGCUACGCCAAGCUCGACGACGCUGGCGGUAUCGUCGACAAGGAGAAGUUCCUCCGUCGCAUCGCCACCGUCAAGGCCAGGAACACCCCUAACGAGUUCUAUCAGCGCGAGAACACCUUCGCGACCUUCCCUGCCCUGCCCCAGGUCUACCCUAGUGUCCGCCCCAAGACCUCCAAGGCCUUUGACGAUACCCAGAUUGCGACCAUUCACUUGACCGCUGACCCUGCCACCGUUGCCGACAUGCUCGCCAACCCACUUGAUACCGAGCGCAAGGCCAUCAAGGCUGGAUUCCGCUUCAUCAACGCCGACACUGUCUACAGCGCCGCUGAGGUCAAGCUAAAGGUCUCUGGUCACGGUUCGCGCAAGUUCAAGAAGUUGUCGUUGAGAAUCAAGUUUGACGACGAUAAGGGCGAGACUUUCUUUGACCGCCCCGUCAUCAAGCUUCGCUCCCAGUCGUCCGAGCCCACGUUCAUUCGCGAGAAGCUGUACAUUGAUUCCUUGAACGCCAUCGGUGCCAGAACCACCCAGGCUGCCUGGGUCCGUGUCUAUGUCAACAACAAGCCUUUUGGAUUCCACCUGUUGGUCGAGGAUAUCGAGACUCCCUUUGUCCGCGGCACCUUCCACGAUGGUAGCGCCGAGCCCAAGAAAUUGGGAUCGCUUUACCAGAUGGGAUCGCACGUCGUUGGCGAGGAGGGCACCAUGAUCUAUAACGGCUCCUUGACUGCCAACUACAACCCUGAAGUCUACUCCAACAAGAACUUGGGCGAUAACCCCAAAGACGAGCCCAUUGCCCAGUUUGCUGCGUUCAUGAAGGAUCUUGCCGAAUACGACCCCACCUUGGCUGGCGGUUUGAAGUUCUGGAACACUCGUCUGGAUGUCAACCAGUUCUUGAAGUCGAUGGUUCUCGAGUACCUCGCUGGCGCCUGGGACGGCAGCUGGUGGAAGGGUAACAACUUCUUCAUGUACUUCAAUCCCACCCAGGCCCGCUGGCAGUUCAUUCCCACCGACUUUGACUCGACAUUCAGCGACGGCAGCCUUGCAGACGUCGCUGUCCCCUACAAGCAGUUCGCCGCCAGCCGUCUCCGCCGCAAGGGCAAGGAUCACCCCCUCGUCAGCAAGUUGAUCCUCAAGAACAAAGAGAUCAACAAGGAGUUUGAGACGAUCCUCAAGAGCACUGUCCAGAACGUCUUCAACAACGCUGUCCUCGACCCCCGCAUUGCUGCCUACGAGAAGUUCAUCGAGGCCGAAGCCGCUUGGGACUUCUCCUUGAACCGCUCCAAGAACCCCGGAAAGGACCCCAAGUACACCAUUUCCACUUUCCACGAAAGCUUGACCGGCCCCGUUACCGGCAUUACCUACGGUGUCAAGCCCUGGAUCAACUACCGUGCCGCUGAUGUCCCCAAGCAGAUCAAGUAG